AAUGAUAUAAAUUGUAGCAUUGUCGCUUCAGUUUUCCUUCUUUCAGAGAGAGGCAGCUGAAACUGGAUACUGAAUCGUAGAGUUCAACUUCUUUCCCGCCAUCCCAGAUUCCUCUUCGGAUAACAGGAAGAAUGGCGUACGCAGCAAUGAAACCAACUAAGCCAGGCUUAGAAGAUACGCAAGAGCAAAUCCAUAAGAUCAGGAUUACUCUCUCCUCAAAAAAUGUCAAGAACCUUGAGAAGGUUUGUGCCGACUUGGUUCGUGGUGCCAAGGACAAGAGGUUGAGGGUCAAAGGGCCAGUAAGAAUGCCCACUAAGGUUCUUCACAUCACAACCAGAAAAUCUCCAUGUGGUGAAGGUACCAACACAUGGGACAGAUUCGAGCUUCGUGUCCACAAGCGAGUUAUCGACCUAUUCAGCUCUGCUGAUGUAGUGAAGCAGAUUACCUCCAUCACCAUCGAACCUGGUGUGGAGGUUGAGGUCACCAUUGCCGAUCAAUGAAUUCUUUUCAUGUUUUGCUUAUUUAUAGUCUCAUUAGACAGUCGUUUACUUUUUGGGUUUGGAGCAUACCUGUCCAGUGUGUGGGGCUUAAAUGCCAUAGUUCUUCCCAUUACUUGUUGCAAUUAAUGACUUUUCUAUUCCUGCCUAUUUUCUUGCGUUAUAAUUAUGCUAAUUUCAGUAUGUUUUGCA